AGCUUAAGCAGUUCAAGCAAAGCACAUCUCCUUAGUAGUACUAAGAGGAGAAAAAAAAAUGGCUUCCUCUAUCAUUUCCUCCCCGGCUGUGACCACUGUUAACCGUGCUUCCCCAGCACAAGCUAGCAUGGUUGCUCCAUUCACUGGCCUCAAAUCCAUGGCUGGUUUCCCAGUUACCAGAAAAACCAACAAUGACAUCACCACCAUUGCAAACAAUGGUGGAAGAGUGCAAUGCAUGCAGGUGUGGCCUCCAAUUAACAAGAAGAAGUUCGAGACUCUUUCAUACCUGCCUCCUCUCUCCCCUGAGUCAUUGGCAAAGGAAGUAGAAUACCUUCUUAGGAAGGGGUGGAUUCCUUGCUUGGAAUUUGAGUUGGAGCAUGGUUUUGUGUACCGUGAGAAUAAUAGGUCACCAGGAUACUAUGAUGGACGCUAUUGGACAAUGUGGAAGCUCCCUAUGUUUGGUUGCACUGAUGCUUCUCAAGUGUUGAAGGAGCUUGAAGAGUGCAAAAAGGCAUACCCCAGUGCUUUCGUCAGAAUCAUUGGAUUUGACAAUGUUCGUCAAGUGCAAUGCAUCAGCUUCAUUGCUUUCAAGCCACCUAGUUUCUAAAUUUGAUAAAAUUUGCAUACCAUUUGUUGCCAUCUCCUUCGUUUGUACUUAACCGUUGUAAGAACCUUUUUUUAAUAUUUCCCAUUUGUUUUUUCUCUUUGAGGUUUCAUCCUGUAUUUUUGGUUUCUGUUUUCGGAUUUCCAAUGGAAAUGAAUGGAUGAGAAUAACUACUGUUGCUUUAUUCCCA